GGGUCCUUCCCAAGCCACGCUCUUUCUCAGUGAGUAUCGGAGAGCCUCCGGCCGAGGACUCAUUCCUUCAUCCUUUCUUCCGGCUUGUGCAACUUCAUCCCCCCCUUCUCCGAGCUGCAUACGGGCGCCCAAGAUGGCGGGCGGCUCGGGGUGGUAGGAAGUGUUGGAGGGGAAGGGGGUCUCGCGUCGGUGUCUGGGGAGGACUCACCGGCCGGGCCGGUCUUUUCCUCACCAUGAGCAACAUCUACAUCCAGGAGCCGCCCACCAACGGAAAGGUUUUGCUGAGAACUACAGCAGGAGAGAUAGAUAUAGAAUUAUGGUCAAAAGAAGCACCAAAAGCAUGCAGAAAUUUCAUCCAGCUAUGUAUGGAAGAGUAUUACAAUAACACAAUAUUUCACAGAGUAGUGCCUGGCUUUAUUGUGCAAGGGGGUGACCCUACUGGUACUGGAUCAGGGGGAGAGUCAGUCUAUGGAGCUCCUUUCAAGGAUGAGUUCCACUCACGAUUGCGAUUUAAUCGAAGAGGACUUGUUGCUAUGGCCAAUGCUGGGCCCCAUGAUAACGGGAGUCAGUUUUUCUUUACUUUGGGUCGUGCAGAUGAGCUUAACAACAAGCACACAAUCUUUGGAAAGGUUACAGGGGAUACGAUAUAUAACAUGUUGCGCCUGGCUGAAGUAGAAGUUGACAAGGAAGAGAGACCUCUCAGUCCACACAAAAUAAGAAGUAGUGAGGUUUUGUUUAAUCCUUUUGAUGACAUUAUCCCACGACCAAACAGAAAACUGAAGAAAGACAAACCAGAAGAAGAAACUAAAAAGUUCAAAGUAAAAGGCACAAAAAACUUUAACCUGCUUUCCUUUGGGGAAGAAGCUGAAGAGGAAGAGGAAGAAGUCAGUAGAGUUAGUCAGAGCAUGAAGGGAAAAAGUAAAAGUAGUCAUGAUCUCCUGAAGGAUGAUCCACAUCUUAGCUCAGUUCCUGCUGUCAAAAGUGAAGUGGCAAAUGAAGAAAAGGAUUUGAGUGAGGAUGAAGAGGAACAGGAUGAAGAUGCUGAUAGUGUAGAAGAUGAAGCUGCUAGUAAUGAGAGAUUUCAAACAAAGGAACGCAUUGCCAAGAAACUGAAAAUUGAUACAAGUGAAAACACUAAACAGCAACUUCAAGAGGAAGAAACCAAGACAGAAAGGAAAACAACUAGUCGCAGUGAGGAACUACGGAAGGAAGUCCGACAGCUGAAACGAGAACUGCUGGAAGCAAAGCACAAAAAAGAAGAAAGAGCUUUAAGACCUAAAGAGAAAGAAGAGGAGGAACCUGCUCCAAACAGUGUUGUUGAAGAAUACCUUCAGGAGAAGAGAAAAUAUGAAGACAAGCGAAAGCAGCAGCCAAAGAAAGGAGUUUCCCGUGAAGAUCAGACACUGGCAUUAUUAGACCGAUUUAAAACAAAGUUAACCCAGGCAAUUGAAGAAACUCCUGAAAAUGAGCUGUCCGAACCUGACAUAGAUAAUGACGAGGGAUGGAUGUCACAUGUGCUUCAGUUUGAAGACAGAAGCAGAAAGGUGAAAGAUGCAAGCAUGCAGGAUGAAGAUACUUUUGAGAUCUAUGAUCCACGGAAUCCUGUAACUAAGAGGAGAAGAGAAGAAAGCAAGAAGAUAAUGAGAGAAAAAAAGGAAAGGAGAUAAAAGGAGUGUAAAGUUAGCCAGAGCUGCUUUGGAAAGUGACUGCAAUAAAGCACUGGCUCUUUUGUAAGCUGAUCCUAAAAAUACCACGGGACAAGUGUGAAAAGGAAUCUCUCAAGAACCUGUUGUGCAGUUUUGAAGCAGAGCUAUCAUCUGUUUCUUAAGUUGUACGGUCAAGUGCUCUCACUGCAUUCAUUAUCCAAUCUCUCUAAAGGUUUUUAGAAUUAUGUAUUUAAUAAAAAACUGACUUGACUUUUGUCUAUGUUUUAAUUACAGUAGUCAAAAUCUUUGUUUAAUCAAAAUAUGGUAACCAAAAAGUUUCCAACAUAAUGAAUGGGAAUUUGUCUAAGUGAGGGUCAGGUUAGAACAUGGAAACCCCAUCUGCAGGCUUUUAAGAUUUUUUAAAAGUAAAAUUUUCAUUAUUUCUGUUGUUCUCUAAAAGACAGGUAAACCUUUACCUGCCUGAACCAUUCUGACACAGAAUUAAGAUGAUGCAGUACUUUUCAGAAUGGUCACAGCUUUCGUGAAACAAGCUAAGUUUGUUUGAGAAUCUGGCUAUUGCUUCCUUCUUUUGAAAUACGCAUUCCAGUACAGAUCCCAUCUUGGGAAGCUGGUAUAAUACAUUUUAGAUGUGUUAUUUCACUAUCCAUACCACAUGAAUAAAAAAAGAGAAUCUGGAUAUGCUGUAAUCGUUGCUUAAACCACUAGAUGCAAUACCAGAAAGAUCCCUUUUGUAGAAUUUUCACUGUAAAGUGGCAGGUAAUGAAGAUUGGUUUGUUAAUUAGUACAGUAUAGAAACAAAUGAAAUAUGAUCAGUCUCAUUAAAAACAUAACCCUGCUUUAAACAAUUACUCUGUCAUCUAAAAUUGAACUCAAUUGAGUUCAAGCUUCCAGUUUAUAGACUACAACCCUGGAUGUUAAUAUUUUUAUAGAUAAACAGGAAUUUUCAUUGCUCCUUUACAGUGAUUCUGGUGCCACAGGAACAUGAAUUAUCCAAAUAGCCACUAACUAAAGAAGAGAGAACAAGGUCAUUAAAGAGUGCCACCAGAGAGUGUUUUUGCUGAUGUUGUUUUUAGAACAAGUUCAGUAAGGUAUGGUGUCCUUAUCAAGCUGCCACUGCCAAAUUUCUUGAUAGGGUUUGAGGUGUGAGGUACAUAAACCUGCAUUGGUGGGUUAAUAUGGCCCAAAUAUCAGAGGUUAGAUUAAUACAGACUAUUGCUUAAAUGCACAGUGCAACCUUUGAGAUAAGGAGAAAACUUGGAGGUGUGAAGUGAGAUCCUGUAUAAAGCUGUCAUUAUCCUCCUCUUAGGCUGAGUGAAUUAUACUGUGUCAUGGUGUAAAGAAGUUAAGAGGGGUUACAUUCCUUAACAUGGCCAUUCACAAACUAGUGAGUCAAAGGUUUUUAAUCAUUAAGUCAUUUCUGUCGGGCUGCUGCUGGCAAAGUGAAGAACAUCUAAUGUCACAUGCUGUUACCUCUAUUCAUUGCUUUGUUUGUGAAGAAGAUUUUAAAUCAGUCAUUACAGGAAAUGAGGAUAUCAAACCCCCAUUCUGGUGGAGAUGGGAAGGAGGCAAAGGUGGUGAACAUGGGGAAAAGUGAGGAGUAGAUCUGAAAAAAACCUUGAGAAUCAAAUUCCAGGACAGUUAUUGCCCCUGGAAUAAAAAAAUGUUCAAAUAAUGUAUUUUUCCUGCAAGCUAAAGUAGGAUGCAUGAGUCAAUAAAUGGACAAGCUGACUAACACCCUUCUUAGCUGAAUAUUUUUGCCAACUACCUGCAUCAGCUCUGAGUAAGCCGUAACAGAUGAUUCCCAGUUUUAAGCACUAGAGAAGCCCAAAAAGGAAACUCAGCUUGAGGUUUAGGACUCUGCUCAGUUGGAAGAGGUUUGAAAAUUCUGGACCUUGCACAGGACUGGUAACUUGACAAGAACAAGAGAGUAACUAUGUUGACAAUGUUGACAUUUUCUUGUUAAGUGUGCAUUGAAAGAUUAUCACAACUAGUCAACUGAGAAAUUGAUGAAGUUGACUAGAAAUGGGCUAAGGUGUCUAAAUUUUAUUCAUUUCACUGAAGCAGAAGUAGUUCUGUAUUUCAUUUAGGAGACAUUUGGAGCAAAGUUAACAAAAGCUUAUGUCAGAAGUACAUUUUCAUAAAAGUCAGGUAAAGUCAACACCAAGGAGUAAGAACCUCACAGAAAGAAGUUUAAAUGAUGACACUUGUCUGAAACAAGUAGUUUGCAGUGUCACAGGUAACUCCCUGUUAUUCUGCCAGUAACAAUCCUGCCAGUUCCCCAUGCUCCAGACUAGCAGAAUCAUUUUAACUCAAACCUAUUUCAUUCAUCAUGUGGCAUUGCUGUAAUUACAUAAAAUGUUGAGUGGUACAGCAUUGCAGUGUUCUUUUUAUAGACUGUGAAAUGUGUGUGCUCAGAAUUACACCUUUUAUUUGUCAAUUCUGAAAAUCAAGUGGGAAAUACAAUGUGGGCCAGUGUCUCCCUCUCUGUGAAAGUCAUAUUGAGCUAGGUUAGUGGCUGAAAACUGAAGGAACAGUUGGUUUUGUGACUGAAGAAAGAAUUUGUUCUAUGGUAAUGAGAUUUUUGAAUGAUUAUAUUUUCUUAAAUCUUUAUUAAGCAUCUCCCAUGUUCCACCCUUAUGGCCACCACCUCACCUGCCUGUAUAAACAUGAACAUAAUCUCUACAUAGUUGUGACAUACAGCUAGGCACAUUUGUCUAUGCACUACCAAUAAAAAAAGUAGUGUCUUAAUAGCUGCUUGUGAAGCUUUACUUCAUAAAAAUGCUAAUUAUGAGCACAGAUUGCCCAGCUUGAAGAUGCAAACCACAGUGCUGAUAUGUAGUAAUUUCUGUAGACAAGUCAGGGUUUAAAAUUGCUGGAUAUGCUCUACUUCCCCACCAUCACCACCUGCAUUUUUGAAUACUCAUUACAUCAAGCUAAAAAUCAUAUAAGCCCAGGCUAUGACUGAAUUUUGAUCUACCAAAGGUCUACCAGUAUUUAGUGGCAGCUAAACUGCAAUUUCAAUACAUCAGCUUUGCUACCAACAUAGUGGGCCAGUGUUGGCAGAUGUUCUGUGAGACAGUCCCUCCAGUCAAACCUGCCUUUCUUUUAAUAUAAACAUUAAUGGAGCCUUUCAUUUAGCAAGAGGGAAUGUGACUUUCAUAGCUGAAAAGAAGGAAAGGGUAGGGGAAAAGGUUUUCAACCUUGCAGAUACCAUUAUGUUGGUAAAGUCAACAUUUUCAUUUCCAAACCAGCUGGGUUUUGAGUAGAUAAGAUUCUUCUAGGCCACAUCUGCUAAUUGCAAGAUCCUUGAGAAGAGCUUAAAGGCUUGCCUCAAAUGCUGUCAGUGAUGCCAACAACUAGCACAAUGUGCCCUUUUUGCUUUGGAGCUGAAAAAACCCUGAAGUACAACAGAGCCUGGUUUAUUUCUGUCAAAUAGCCACUAUGCCUGGGCUGCUAGGGGUGUAAUCUGCACUGCCACAUUAUGUGGCUUUCCCUUAGCUAAUGGCUUCCAGCAUGAGCAGAUUUGGGAAGAGGUUUUUCCCAUACUGUCUGCUUUCCCCAACAGAGUGUCUGAACUAUAAUGGUUAAAAUAACUACACAGCGAUGUUGUCUGCUUUCGUCUAGAGGACAUCAAGUUUGCAAAAGACACAAUUAUGUUUUGGCAACAUAAAAACUAGCUUCAGACAGAAAGGAUAGCUCCAGACUCUGCCUCAUUCUGGCAGAGACAUGUGCAUCUGUCAUUACUUAAAUGAUGACAGAUUUGGGCUGUUAGAAGAAGAGGGGACUUCCUACCUGUGUGUUCUCAGUAAAAUAUGUAGGUAUUUGCUUACAUCUUUCACUGUAACAAAGAAUGAGCUGAUCAUAUAGUGGCUAUAAAGUUCCUGAUGACAUACAUACAGCACAGAGAAUGUAAACUGGAAAGUUUUUGAAUGCAUCUGAUCAUCCCUUGGUAGCACAUUCUUGCCCUGUUGAUAUAGCAAGUACCAGCAGUUGGCUACUCCCCAGUUGAGUGCCAUAAAGUGAUUCCCUUUGGUUAUCCUGGGCAGAUGUGCCAUAUUCCAGCUUGAUAAUCACAAAUUCCUCAUUCAAACUGACACCUUGUACCCACAGAGGGGUUCUCUGAAGGGUAGGUGGUGCACAGCCUGUCAGAGCCCUGUACACCUUAGCUGCUGUCACAACAAAAUAUUCCUCUGAAUUAAUUUUCAAAGUACUUUUUCUUGGCAGGAUUUCACUUCCACUUCAGUAUCCAUCACAGAUGGGGUUUUCCAUUUGAUUUUUCACUUCUUUUUGUUUUUUAAAAACCUGCUCACACAGCACAAGUUUCAUUUAUAAGUCAUAGAUUAGAAGAGUGUGUUUAAAAAGCUACUGCACACUUGGGCACGUCUUUCUUAUGUAUCUCACACAAACACAUAAGAAUUGGUUUCUGCCUCCACAGGCUUCAUCACCACUUCCCUCAUCAUCAUGCCUUCCCUGUCAGCCUCUAUUACCAAGGUCCAGACAAAGAAUUUAUGU